CAUUUUGAAUAUUCAUUGAAGAUGACAACACUAUCUUUAGCAUCCGGAAACGUUGGAAACAGAGAAUGCUGCUUGGAAUUUCCUACUUUGUAUUUUACGGAAGGUCCUUUGGGUAGCAAACUCCUCAGAAGAUCAUAUACAAGAAGGUAUGGAUUUUGGUUGGAUGAUCCAAAAGUUCCUCGGAUUAAAAGCAGGAACAGGUUUUGUGUGACUGCAAAGGUUAAAAAGUGGAGGAAGCACGAUUAUCCUUGGCCGGAUGAUAUUGAUCCAAACAUUCAAAGUGGCCACUUGACUUAUCUGUCUUCCUUCAAGCCUCUGGCUGAGAAACAGAAACCUAAACCUGUCACACUUCCAUUUGAGAAGCCUUUGGUUGAUUUAGAGAAAAAGAUUAUUGAGGUCCGUAAUUUGGCUGAUGAAACCGGUUUAGAUUUCAGUGAUCAAAUUAGCACCCUUGAGAACAAGUACCAGAUGGCUCUUAAAGAUUUGUACGCACAUUUAACACCAAUUCAGCGAUUAUCAAUUGCACGACAUCCCAAUAGACCGACAGUUCUUGAUCAUAUAUUAAACAUCACAGAAAAGUGGGUAGAACUCCAUGGAGAUCGUGGGGGUUAUGAUGAUCCAGCAAUUGUUACUGGCAUUGGGAGCAUUGAAGGUAAAAGCUACAUGUGUAUAGGACAUCAGAAAGGUAGGAAUACCAAAGAGAACAUUGCUCGCAACUUCGCAAUGCCAACACCUCAUGGCUACCGGAAGGCUUUACGGUUGAUGAAAUAUGCCGAUCAUCAUAGUUUGCCUAUUCUUACUUUUGUUGACACUCCUGGGGCAUUUGCUGAUCUAAAAUCUGAGGAACUUGGUCAAGGUGAGGCGAUAGCCCAUAACCUGAGGACAAUGUUUGGUCUAAAGGUGCCCAUUAUAACAGUGGUAACUGGUGAAGGUGGUUCAGGAGGAGCUCUUGCUAUUGCUUGUUCAAAUAAAAUGUUCAUGAUGGAGAAUUCUGCGUUCUAUGUUGCAAGUCCUGAAGCCUGUGCUGCAAUCUUGUGGAAAUCCUCCCAAGCAGCUCCUAAGGCUGCUGAGAAAUUGAGAAUCACAGCUCAAGAACAUUAUAGGCUCAAAAUUGCUGAUGGAGUCAUCCCUGAGCCUCUUGGUGGUGCACAUGCUGAUCCUGUAUGGGCAUCCCAACAAGUUAAGUUUGCAAUAAUCCAGGCAAUGAAGGAACUGUCAAACAUGAGUUCAGAAGAGUUGAUCCACCACAGAAUGCUGAAGUACCCGACCAACCUGCCAAAGCCUGGUGACAUAGAGUCCGAACUUGAGGAUCUAAAGAAGAAGAUUCUAAAAGUAAAAGGCCCAUCUGAUCCAAUCACUGCUCAAGCAAUUGGGAAACUCAAACAAGAUUUUGACAAAGAGAUAACCAAUGCAUUCAUCUCCAUGGGCUUAGAACAAAAGCUUGAAUCACUCCAGCUAGAACUCUCCAAAGCUUCAAAUGGGUCAUCUAAGCAACCACUGAGCAGAAGCCAGAAGGAAAAAGUAGACAAAAUCAUGCAAGAAUUCAAGCAGAAAUUAUCAAAGCCAGGUUCCUAUCUGGGUUUGAAACAGAAACUUGAAAAGCUAGACAUGGUGUACAAGCUCAUUGAGCAGAAGAAGAAAAGUGAAGAACUAAAAACAAAGAUCAACAACAAAAUCCCAUCAGAGACAAAAGCAAAACUGAAACAAUUGAAGGAAAAUUGGGAGAAUAUCAUCUCCAAUGGUGCCCCAAUGGACAAAGACCUCGAAGAAGAGCUCGAAAGAGUCAAGAAAGAGCUUGUCAAUGUCUUAAAGACAGCAAAUUUGGAUGUCGUUGGAGUGGUGAAGAAGACAGCCGCCACCCCACCGGCCGAGGUGAGAGAGAAGGUGCGGCGUUUGAGAGAGGAGAUCAAUAGGGAGAUUGAGAAGGGCAUAGCAAUGGCAGGGCUUGGUGGGAAGAUUAAGGAGAUGAAAUCAAAAAUGGCGGCGGAUGGGUUGAAUGUGAAAGAGGUUGACAAGCUGAAGGCUGAGAUUAAGGAGAAGAUUGUUGAAGCUUUGGAGGCAUCUGGUUUGAAAGAGAAAGUUGAGAGCCUGAGAAUGGAGCUGGCGUCGUCCAUGGCGGCUACUGCAGAAGGUAUGGUUGGUGUUGAUAAUGGCAGGUUUUAGAUAAUUGCAUAUAAUACAAUGGUUUUAUAUCUUGAUAUAGAGGCAUGAAUUAUUGAGGCUUUAUAAGCAUUGAUUCUAUUCAAUAAUAUAAGAUUUGUAGUAGCUGAUCGUGGUAUUAGGUACACAAGAGUUCAUGUUGUAGUUUUAAACGUUCAUCGUUCGAUAGUAAGUGUUAAAUUGAAAA